AUGUCAACGUAUCAGUCACUCUGCUCAGCCGGACCUUUAGAUCGGUUCAUAGAGGCUCCUUGUUCUGCGUCUGCAGAGCAAACUCAGAAGAGAAAAUUAGAAGCAAGGAACUUGGUGGCCAUGGAGGAGAGCCCUUUCUACGUUGAUUGGUUCACAGACUAUCCAGAUGUGGUUGUAAAAGUGGGAAAAGUGACUUUUGGUGAGAAAUCCAGGAACAACAUGACAGAUUGCAAUUUGAGAAGGAAACAAGUUGGUAACAUUUCCCGAGCAGCAUGUGCAUUGCUGAAUUCAGGAGGAGGAGUGAUAAAGGCAGAGGUUGAUAAUAAGGACUACAAUUAUGUAAAACAUGGGAUUGGACAGGAUAUAGAAAAAGCCCUUACAGAACUCACUCCAUCUAAAAUGUCUCAAAAAUAUUUUGAUUUUGAAUAUAUGUGGGAAAACAACUGUGUGUUAAUUUUUGUGAAAUCAUGGAGCAGUAACGGUUCAUCUUUACCCCGUAUUUGCAGCCUGAGGACAGGCUUGUACCAAAGAUGUCUGACUCGAAAAGACAGCAUGAGUCCUACCGAAGCAGCACAAUUUCUCAAAGAGAAGGAAGUUUCUGCCAGGAGAAAACGUGAUGAGAUGGGACCAAGAGCUAAGAAAGCUCUACUAAGUGACGUUCAGCAGGAACAAAACAUGUAUACGUCUGCUGAAAGAUUUUAUAAAAGAGACUUUCUCUGCUUUGGGGAAAAAUUAAAUUUCACGGAGUCAACGCAUAUUGAAUUUAAGAAGUUUGCAACAAAGAACAUUUUGAAAUACAUUAAAGAGAUCCUGCCAAAUUACAUCUCUGCUUUUGCAAACACACAAGGAGGAUUUUUAUUUAUUGGAGUGGAUGAUAAUGGGACAGUUGUUGGAUGCACAAAGGACAAAGUAAAUAUCAAUGAAUUAAAAGAAGCAAUAGAACAUGUUAAGGGGAAAUUACCCAUUUCACAUUUCUGCAGUUCUCUGCGUGGAGUGAACUUGGAAUGCAAAAUGCUGGACAUGUAUGAUAAAGAUCAAAACUUGUAUGGUUACGUCUGUGCUGUGAAAAUCCAGCCGUUUUGUUGUAUUGUGUUUUCGGAGACUCCGGACUCAUGGGCUGUGAAGGACAAUGAGAUUAUGAGGAUGGCAGCCAACGAAUGGACAGGCUUGAUGAUGGCAACUGACCCAGAGAUUUCGAAUUUGUGUGAAGCUUUCAGAACUGAGCUGAGUGUGUCAUGUGCACCCCCACUCACCAAAACUGUGUUUUCCAACAAAGGCCUUUCUUGUCUGCUUGAUCUGCAAGAAUCUCUAUUUCCAGCAAAUGGUAAUGGGAUAACAUACAACCCAGACAACCUCAGCAAAGAGCUGUUCUCAGAGUAUCCAGGGCUGGAAGAUUUAAUGAACGAGCAAAUGCAAGAGUUGCAAUAUUCUCAGGGACUCCUGAUAUUUGCAAGAAGCUGGGCUGUUGCUGUAGGAUUGCCAGAGAAUCAGCAUGUUGUCUGUGAUGCUCUCUUAAUAGCCUCAGGCAAAUACCCAACGCUGUACACGGUCACGGAGGAUUGUUCCGUGCUUGGGUAUGGAUAUUCACAACGUAUUGCUCAUACGUUAAAGCAAAAACUGGUAAACAAUGGGGGAUACACUCAGAAAGUGUGUGUGAUUCCUCAUCUCCUACAGCUUGGAACCAACAGAGAGCGAAAUAAUGACUCACGUGUACAAGUCAGGUAUCCCCUUUCCUAUGUCCUCUCGUCCAAUGACAUGCCAGACUUACUUCAUUCACUUGUGAUAAUCUUGUUGAGUUUUAGAUCCUUCUUAAGUGACAGGCUUGGCCGUGAAUUUUUCAACCUUCUCACCAUUAAACAGUACGAGAUACUAACAAAGAAUCUUCACAAAUUCAAGAAGCUGUUUAUCUACGGCCUGCCAGGAACGGGGAAGACAAUUGUGGCCCUGAAUAUCAUAGAGAGGAUAAAGAACGUGUUCCACUGCAAAUCUGAUGAGAUUCUGUACAUUUGUGAGAACCAGCCUCUGAAAAUAAUUGUGGAAAGUAGAAACAUUUGCCAGUCUGUGACCCGAGCUGGUUUCUUAAACGGGAAUUACAAUCCAUCAGUGAAGCAUAUAGUAAUUGAUGAGGCCCAGAAUUUCCGGUCAGAAGAUGGCGAUUGGUACAACAAAGCUCAGCGCAUCACCCAAGGACAUGGACAUUGUGAACCUGGUGUUCUCUGGAUCUUCUUGGACUAUUUACAAACAAGUCACCCAUUUCCGUGCGGUCUCCCAUAUCCAUCAGAACACUAUCCUCAGGAGUGGCUAACUGUAGGUGUCCGGAAUGCCACCCAGAUAUAUACCACCAUGCUACAAGAGAUGCAAAAUAUUGUAGAAUGUCCACAAAUUGAUAUUCCUUUUGAGCGGUUAAGAAUGCUGCUAAAUGAAGCCAAAUGUGGCCAUCCCCUGCCAGGUAUUUGUAGGAUAGAAGAAAACUUGGACAAGGAUGAAAUAGUGACAUAUGUAGUUGACACCUGUCGCCAAUAUUUCCGAAGUGGUUACUCUGGGAAAGACAUUGCUAUCCUAUGCAACACAACGAGAGAGAUGGAUAUGUAUAGUCACAUACUGCAACCCAAAAUGAGAGAGAUGAUGAGACAUUUCAGACUGGGUGCAUAUUUCACAACAGCAGUUAACGUGCUGGGACAGGACAUUGUUCUCGAUAGCAUACGCCGCUUUUCUGGCCUGGAAAGAAACAUUGUGUUUGGUAUCAACCCUGUCCCUACACAGGAGGAGAUUUCUGACAAUCUUAAACUCUGUGUGGCAUCCAGAGCUAAUUUACACCUACAUUUGCUGUAUGAAAGAUAAUGCUUGAAAAUAUCCUGGUGGUUCACUCAGGAUCUGUUUAAUAACCCGUGUAGCAUUUCCCUUGGGUUGCAGCUGUGCACAGAGGUUGAUAGUCAUGUCGCUUUUC